UGAUGGCGGCGGGUGAUGGGGACGUGAAACUAGGCACCCUGGGGAGUGGCAGCGACAGCAGCAGCGACGGCAGCAGCGAGAACCCGAGCGGCGCGGGAGCGGAAGGGGGAGGCUGGGCGGCGGCGGCGUUGGCGCUUCUGACGGGGGGCGGGGAGAUGCUGCUGAACGUGGCGCUGGUGGCGCUGGUGCUGCUGGGGGCCUACCGGCUGUGGGUGUGCUGGGGGCGCCGGGGUCUGGGUGCCGGGGCCGGCGCCGGAGAGGAGAGCCCUGCCGCCUCUCUGCCUCGCAUGAAGAAGCGGGACUUCAGCUUGGAGCAGCUGCGCCAGUACGACGGGUCCCGCACUCCGCGCAUCCUCCUCGCGGUCAAUGGGAAAGUCUUCGACGUGACCAAAGGCAGCAAGUUCUACGGCCCGGCGGGUCCAUAUGGAAUAUUUGCUGGUAGGGAUGCCUCCAGAGGACUGGCAACAUUUUGCCUAGAUAAAGAUGCACUUAGGGAUGAAUAUGAUGAUCUCUCAGAUUUGAAUGCAGUACAAAUGGAGAGUGUUCGAGAAUGGGAAAUGCAGUUUAAAGAAAAAUAUGAUUAUGUAGGCAGACUCCUAAAACCAGGGGAAGAACCGUCAGAAUACACAGAUGAAGAAGAUACCAAGGAUCACAAUAAACAGGAUUGAACUUUGUAAACAACCAAAGUCAGGGGCCUUCAGAACUGCAAUUCUUACUCCCUUUCACAGAAUGUCCAGCGUCUUUGGGUUUGGUUCACCUGCUGCAAAAAACAUUCAACAGAUUGUGUACAAGAUAAAUGAGUCUCACUGAAGAUUUGAAUACUAGACGUUAUUUAUGCUGCCAAACUCAUUUGUUGCAGUUGUUUGUAAUGUCUGGUGGGGCUUCAUCAUCCUGAAAUGAAGGAGACAGGGAUUUUUUUAAAGAGCAAGAAAGUCACAAGGUUACUUUUCUCUUUUCUUUCUUUUUCUUUUUUAAAAAAUAUAUCAAAGACAACCAGAUACGUAUUUGCUACUCAAGUGUACAAAUCUCCUAAAAAACAGCAAGUGACUCUUACUUCACAUGCUGUGUUUUUAUUUUAGCAUUGAGGAGAGAGGAGACCAGAGCAGGGGAGGGUAGGGUUGCACAUCACUUUGAGUAGUUUAGUCUACUGAAACAUUAAAAUGUGAAUUCCCAAACUUUUCUUUUCAGGCUUUGUCGGGGAAAAGAAAAAAAAAACAUAUUUCUAAGAAAUCUCUGGACAUUAGGAGAAGAGAUUUCAAGUGGACUUAAGUCAAAGCUAAUUUUCCAACAGUAAGAUCAUUUGAAACCAGUUUUUAAUCUCUUCCCUUACCUUCCCCUAGAUCAAAUCGAUAUUAAUUGUGCCUUAUUUCACUUACAUAGACUUGAAUUAUUUUUAGGGAAAGCCCCUAUAUGAAUUCAGAAGUCACUAUAAGGAGCAUUGAGACUGAAGUUGGAAUAUUCUGUUGACCACAAAACCUUGAUGUCAUUCUGUGUAUAUAGAAUGUAAAAGGAACAUUCAGUGUUAACUGCCAUAUAUAUUAAUACACACAAAGUUGAUUAGCAUUGUAAUGGCCAAAUGCAUUCCCCUAUGCUUUCUCUUUUCCAAAAAAUUGAAAAACAAAUCAACAACUGUUAUCCCCCAACAGCUGCCUAAUUCUAGGAGUCUGACCCUAACCUCUCACUGGUGUGGGUGCAUGGGGUUGUGGUAUGGAUGUCUGUCUGUAUGGAUGUCUGAAUGUGUGUGAGAGCGCCUUGGAAGGGACUCAUUCUGCAGAUACUGUAAAUACAAGUACCAUUUUAAUAAAGCAUGUACAAUAAACCAAAAUAAGCUUGAGUUGGACUUUAUAUACAAAACUGAAAGCCAGUGCAUUGUGAUAUGGUAGUAAGAUUGUGCAUUUGAUUCAAGAUAAAGAAAAAUCUUGGAGAUGAAAAGCAGGCACUGGUUAACUAAGUUGUACACAUUGUACCACAUUCAGUGUAACUUUAGGAAGAAAUUCCACUUUGUGGAAUAUUUUCAAGAGAUCUGAGGUUAUUCAGGUAAGGUUAUUCAGAUAUAUUAAAAUGUACAUAUUUUUACUUUAUAUUUUGAUGCCAACUGAUUAUACUAGAAGUGGUAGCACUCCAAGCAGUAGUUAUUGAACACAAAACAAUAAAGGACAUUGUACUGAUGUUAAAUUCUUUCAUUAUUAAAUUGAAAAGGCCCUUACUAAAAGCCCUAUAUAUGUCAGUUAUUUGAUUUCAUCUUGACUGUUGAGGUUCUUUGUUGGGGACAAGUUGUACCAAAAAAGGCAAUUUUAUUUAACAAGUCACCAGUUAAAGAAAAGACUUCUCCAGCUUUAUGGGUAUAAAUGCAGAAGCCAUCAAAGAAAGGGAAACUUUUAACUACAACAAUAAGCUAUAGUGUGUAAAAUACUACAUUCUAUUCAAUCUUGGAAUGUUUUGUAGAAAAUUAUGAUCUUCGGCCAAAUCUUUGCUGAAGACUGGUUGUGAAAACAAGAGUGUUGGUAAAUGCUUUGUGUUCUUAUGUAAAAUAUUUCCUAAAAGAAAAUUUGUUAAAGUACAUGUCCUCUGUAGUAAACUGAUACAUGUGUGAAUCAUUUGAGCCUAAAGUUCAAUAAUAAAUCUGCAUUUGUGAAUAGAGAAACCCUAAAUAUUCAUGCAGUAAAAAUUAUGCGGUCUGUUGAGAAAAAUGAGUAAUUUUGUGUUUUGGACUUGAA